CGCACCACGUGACUUCCUUUCCCAGCGAAGCUGAAAUCAUGGACGCCAGCCGCGUGCAGCCCAUCAAGCUCGCCAGAGUCACUAAAGUGCUCGGCAGGACCGGCUCUCAGGGCCAGUGCACCCAGGUGCGCGUCGAGUUCAUGGACGACAGCAACCGAUCCAUCAUCAGAAACGUGAAGGGCCCAGUGAGGGAGGGAGAUGUUCUGACGCUUCUGGAGUCUGAAAGAGAAGCAAGAAGGCUUCGAUAGUGUGCUGGUUAAAAGCUUUGAAGACCCAGAUCCCCAUGAAGCAAGUCCCCACCAGCUCCUAGUCCAGAUGUGUGCAAAUUCAAAUAAAAUGAACAAUUGGUUGUAUUA